UUCACACUUCCCACUUACCUCUCUUACCUCUUGUUUAUUUACUUGAAGCACCCUCAUUAAAAUGGACAGAAACCAGUCACACAGGCAGGUUGCCACAAUGAAGCAGUCUCUUUUUGAUCAAGGCUACCUUGACCAUGAGCAGUUCAACCAGCUUGAAGAGCUGCAAGACGAUGCCAACCCUAAUUUUGUGGAAGAAGUUGUCACAUUGUACUACAGAGAUUCUGCCAGGCUGGUCCAUAGCAUCGAGCAAGCAUUGGAGAAAAGUCCCAUUGAUUUCAACAAGUUGGACAGCUACAUGCAUCAGUUCAGGGGAAGCAGCUCAAGUAUUGGAGCCAAAAAGGUGAAGGCAGAGUGCUCUCUCUUCAGGGAAUAUUGCAGAGCUGGAAAUGGAGAAGGUAGAUAGAUACUAUUAUUCCUGUGGCCGACCCCAUCCCCAAUUUCAGCAAGUAAAGGAGAAAGAACAUAUGCAUCCAUCAUUUCAAUCAGAACCAACUAAUUUGAUCUGUUGAUCUGUUUGCAUGGGGAUGGUGGUGGUGGUGCAGAUGCAUGAGGACAUUCCAGCAGGUGAAGAAAGAAUAUACAGCUCUGAGAAAGAAGCUGGAGACCUUUUUCCAGCUAGCAAGGCAAGCUGGGCCUGUUGAUAGAGCCCGUCGACCCAAGUAAACCUCAAGCCUAGCGUAAUAGUGCAGUUGCAGCAAAUAUAGUCCCAAAUUUAAUGUCGUCUUCUUUUCCCCGGUUCCUUCCUUCUCUAUGCGAUGCGGUAGAUAGUAGAGAGAGCCUAGAGGGCUUUGGCUCACUAACCCUGUAACUCCACUAGGUUUGUAAUAAUAAUAAUAAUUAUUAUAUAAAUUGCAGAAAUAUCGUAUGAGCUUAAUAAUAA